UCAAUAAAUAUUUUUGGUUAAAGUAUAUCAAAUCUUACAAAGAAAACAAAGAUGGUCCAAAGUAAUCUUUUAGGCCCAAUAGUUUUACAAACCCGAUUCAAACCAAAACAAAGAUCUAUCGGAUAAUUCUGCUUUUGGAAAGCAAAAAGCCCAAUCUUACUUUUCAAAAAGCUCUAUCUUGUUAAGUACCCGGUCCAAAAACAUAAAAAAUCUGAUGAAAGUACACCUACCAAAUAUUCUAGAAACAUUAAAAAAAACAAGUGAAGCAUGAAGCAAAAACCAAUUGUCUUUCUCAGUUUCGAUCUUGAUUCUUGUAGAUGUAUCUACAUAACCUUGAGCGGGGACUGGUGCUACCAUCUUCAAGGCUGAGUAUACGAUGUUGAUCUAAAUUUCUUUCUCUUCACCAUUUCAAUAACAAGCUCAUCUAAGAAAGUUAAGUACCAAUCUAUUCUCUUUUUUCUCAAUCGAUGGGAUAGCCAUCAUAUUUAGAGAUUUGAGCUCGAUUAUUUCUUCUUUCUGUGUUUGAGCUGAAUGUCAUUGUGCUAUUGCUGUUAUUUGUACUAUUCUGCUUCUUAAUCCUUUCCACCACUAAAUUUGUAGGUGAAUCUAUCAAUAGGUUGAUCAUUUACAAUUUUCUUUCUUGUUCUUUUCAGCAAGCUAGCUUGACUACACUCACUUCAAAGAAAAAGAGGUGUGAUUUUAGUGAGUUAAAGCAUCAGUUUUACAGACCUAUAUGUAAAAAACUGAGAUUGUCUAUGUUAUACCAAAAAUUGAACAGUUGAUGCAUGUUAGUUUGGGGCUUUUGGCCAAAGGAAAGGUGAAUAAGGAAGUUUGGUUUAGAUUUUUUCGAAACUCAUUUUUUGAUUGUGAUGGAUAAUUACUAAAGUUUCACAUAUAAUUUGUGUCAGGCAUGUUAAUCUUCCCAAUUUUUAACGUCUUGAGGUUUGCAUGUCAGCUCAGAUACAUAAAUUUUAUUUUCUGUAUCAAAGCAUGUGGCAUGCAUGCAUUUCCAUGGUCUUUGUUAUUUCUAAUUGUUGGUUGUAUUCAUUUGAGUUGUUUAUGGUUAUUGUGUGUUCUUAUUUCGUGUUUUCUUUUGACGGGGUUAUGUUUUUUUAAUCAAAAUUCCUUAUGGGGGUAUGGUUUCUUCAGCUAAUUUGCAUCUGUUUAUUGUGUUGUUAUGAUGUAGUUUCUGCUAGACUUGAUAAUCUAUUUUCAAGUUCUAAUACAAUCAAGUACCCUGAGUUUUGUCUAUUAUUGUACAGAGAAAAACAAAGGAAGUGCAGGGGAUGUCCAAGAAAUUUUUCCACCAUCUGUUCCGAGAGCUUAUUGAAUUUCAUUGUGUUUGAGGCCUCAGCUUCACCAGCUCCGUGGAAGUCCUCUGAAGAGUUCUUUUCUCUUCAAAUAAAAGACAGGGAUCCUCUGAAGAAAGG